UUAUAUAUUGAAAACCACGAGCUCUGCCGGCUCACGUCGGUUGGUUGCCUCUCGCUUCCUCUUUCUCUUCGCGAGAUCUAUACGUCUCUCUUCCUUGAAACCCUAAAUCUCUUCUUCAUCUCGCUUGUAAUGGAGAGUCUCGGUGCGAAGAGGCGUGCGCUUGUGUUGGCAGAUCUCGUGGUUGUUCCAAUUGGCGCUGUUUUAGCCGGCGUUAAUGGUUUUGGGGAGGGAGUGGUGAGGGAUGAUGAUGAUCUACUUGUUGUGACACAGGCCACUUCUUUGGGAGGAAACAUGCCACUUGAUUCUGCUUCAGCGGAUGUUGUGAUUUGUAUUUGGAAGACACCGGAGAUUAUUGGGGAGAAUUUGCUUGGAGAGAUCCACAGAGUAUUAAAACCUGGUGGGAAGCUUCUAAUGCAAACUAGCUAUUCUUCUAGCAAUAACAUGAACAAGCCAAGCUUGCCAUUAGAGGGUAAAUUACUUGUAGCUGGGUUUGUUGAUGUACAAACUUUUGAGACAAAAGCAUUUCUCCCGCUUGAGGGCUACCAAUCAUUUACACUUGAGUGUAAGAAAACUUCCUGGCUUGUAGGGUCGUCAUUUUCAAUAAAAAAAGUGACCAAGUCUAUUCCUAAGAUACAUGAUAGUGAUGAUAUGGAUCUGAUUGAUGAAGAUAGCCUUUUGACCGAGGAAGACUUGAAGAAACCACAGUUACCAGCUGUUGGAGAUUGUGAGGUUGGAGCCACAAGAAAGGCUUGCAAGAACUGCACUUGUGGUCGAGCUGAAGCAGAGGAAAAGGUGCAGAAGCUGGGGCUGACUGCGGAGCAGCUGAAUAACCCUCAGUCAGCAUGCGGAAAUUGCGGGCUUGGUGAUGCCUUCCGUUGUGCUACAUGCCCAUACAAAGGUCUUGCUCCAUUCAAACUCGGGGAGAAGGUCUCUCUAUCAAGUAAUUUCCUUGUCUCUGAUUUUUGAGGAUCAUGAAGAUUCAACGUCGAGAAAUGUUGGCAGCUUAUGCACAAUGCUGAAAUGAUUUUGUUUCUGCCAUCGUAGAAUAGUAGAAUAGUUUUCUGUUUGAUGUAGAACCAUCAAGAUUGUCAAUGUUCUUCAUUUCGGUGGUAAAAAAAUCAGAAUUUUGAGCAGAAAGGAUAAUAAUGUGUUUGUCUUAAUCUUGGAAUGAGUAUUGAAAAUCUUGUGCACUUUCUAUUGCUUCAUGUAAUUUCCUGGUACAAUGAAUAUAAUCAUCAUUGGUGGUUGUCACAGUGAAA